CAUUAAACAAACAAAACCCUUAAAACAAAGACAAUGACAUUGAAAGUGACCUACCAAAUCCUUCUUUAAUUUAAAGAAAGUACACUUAUUACGAAUAUGUCAAAAAUAAAAAACUACAGUCCGAAUUGGAACAACAAGAGGCUGAGCUGAAUCUCCUUUCUCACCAUCUUCACUUACCCGGGCGUGUGGUCCGACCAAUCUGAAGAAGUUAAGUGCAAGAAGAGCCAAAAAAAAAGUCAACCAAAUCCUGAUAAAUAUUUUUUGGAACGAUUAUGUUUGGUGCUUUGUAUGGACGAACAAGGUAAGACUUGAAUAAAGGACUCUCUGAUUUGAAUACUUCAACUUCUUUACAGAGUCCUAUGCAAUAUGACUGUGUCCCCACUAACUGCUAAAAAAGUCGUCUCCUCCAUCAUCAUCAGCACAACAAAUUUACCUUUAGUGGGUUCCAACUUCUCCCAUGAAACAGAGGACCAAGUGUUUCCUUGAAGUCGUUUGCUAGAUCAGAGACUUGGUAAUCAGAGUGAGACAAAACCAGCCUUGAACAAAUGGUAUGUCGACCCAAGAAGAUAUAACUACAAAUGAUACAUUGAUUGGAUCGUUGUUGGAGUCCAUUUCCGAGGUGAUCAGAUCUUUGGAGCUCUUAAAAUCAGAAACAGGGAGCUUCCUUGAAUGUGCAUGCUACUUUUAUCGAGUCUCAGUGGUGCUAAUGGAGAUACAGACAGGAGAGAGUUCCAUCACAUGUCCAACGGAUGUGAUUGAAUCACUAUCCGAGAGUAUAGAAGCAGCCAAGUACCUCCUCGAGAUAACUCAAGAAAGCAACGGACCAGAAUCAACCACUGAUCUGACAAGCAUUGAGGCAGGCUUUCAAGGCGUUGUGAAGCAGAUUGGUGAAACUCUGCAGUCCAUACCUGAAGCGAUAAUCGACGAGGAAGAAUACAUAGGAGUGGUUGUCCAGUCUCUUUCAAAUGAGAUGCAGAACGCUAACAUUGGAGAUGGUAGUAAGAGUGAGAUUUUACAGAAUAUUCAGCAGAAAAUUUCUGAGAGGCGGACACAGGAGGAGUUGGUGUCAGAGGAGCAAAUAGAGACAGAUCUCUAUCCUAGUGAUCCUGAAGUUUCCUAUGCAAGUUACCUGAGUGAAUCACAACCAGAUAUCCCAAGCCAGAGCACAUACGUUAGCAGCCAGAGAAAGUAUGGGGAUCUGAGUGAAUCACAAAUGAGCGAGAUACCAGAUAUACCAAGCCAGAGCACAAUUGUUAGCAGCAGCCAGAGAAAGUAUGGAACUCAGAGUGAAUCACAAUCACAAAUGAGCGAGAUAGUUGAUAUCCCUAGCCAGAGCACAUAUGUUAGCAGCAUCCAGAGAAAGUAUGGAACUCAGAGUGAAUCACAAUCACAAAUGAGCGAGAUACCAGAUAUCUCAAUCCGGAGCACGAACGUUAGCAGCAGGCAGAGAAAGUACGGAACUCUUAGCGAAUCCUUGUCAAUGUUACCACAGGUGACACAGUUCAUGGAGCCACCAUACCAAGCAUUCAUCUGCCCGUUGACCAAAGAAGUAAUGGAAGAUCCAGUCACCACUGAAACAGGAGUAACCUGCGAAAGACAAGCAGUGACAGAGUGGUUUGACAAAUUUGGAGACUCGGACGAGAUUAGCUGUCCGGUCACAGGGCAAAAGUUGACAACCGGAUUAAGUCCCAAUCUUGUCUUGAAAACCAUCAUUGGAGAAUGGAAAGUGCGAAACGAGGCAGCAAGAAUCAAGGUGGCUCACGCAGCUUUAUCCUUAGGCGGUUCAGAAAGCAUGGUUAUCGAUGCAUUAAGGGAUCUGCAAAUGACCUGUGAAGGGAAAGAGUACAACAAGUUAAAAGUCCGUGAAGCUGGGAUCAUUCAGUUGCUUGACAGAUACCUAUCGUACAGAAGUAAAGAUGUGAGGUAUGAACUGCUACAAUUGUUAAAGACACUAGCAGAUGAAGACACUGAUGAAGGAAAGGAAAUGAUUGUGAAUACGUUAGCUAUGUCAUGCGUGAUCAAAUUUUUGGGAAGCAGUCACCAGACUGUAAGACAUGCAGCACUAGCCUUACUGCUUGAGCUUUCGAAAUCUCAACAUGCAUGUAAGAAGAUUGGGAAUGCUACAGGGGCAAUAUUGAUGCUAGUUACCUCAAAGUACAACGAAGAGUCGGAUGCCUUUGCGUCUGAAACAGCAGACCAAAUCUUAAAAAAUCUAGAGAAGUUCCCUCACAAUAUCAAGCAAAUGGCAGAGAGUGGGCUCUUAGAACCUCUUCUCAUUCAUCUAGCCGAAGGGAGUGAAGAGACGCAGGUGGUAAUGGCUGCAUACCUUGUAGAAAUUGAUAUUGGACAUGAGAAGAAGAUUAAUGUAGCUGAGAAGGCUUGCCCUGCGCUCCUCAGGCUGGUGCAAAGUGAAAACAUCGAGGCUAGAAGAGCCGCUUUCAAAGCUCUUGCUCAUAUCUCAUUGUAUCACCCCAACAAGCAAAUACUGGUAGAAGUAGGCAUCAUCAAGAUCAUGGUUGAAGAGAUUUUCACCAAGCGGAUGUUCAGUGAUCUGAUGAACUCCAGGAACGAAGCUGCUACAAUACUUGCAAACAUACUAGAAUCUGGGGUGGAGCAUGAGACAUUUGAGGUGAAUACCACAGGCCACACGCUAGGCUCGGAUUACUUUGUAUACAACAUCAUCCAAAUGCUCAAAAACUCAAGCCCAGAUGAUCUAAAUAUUGAUUUGAUCAGGAUUCUUCUAUCCUUGUCUAAAUCACCCAGAGCAAUGGCAACUAUUGUCUCGGUGAUCAAAGAAACCGAUGCAAGCUUUGCCAUGAUAGAACUCAUCAACAAUCCUCAUGAAGAAUUGGGGGUUGGAGCCUUGAAGCUUCUCAUUGCACUUACACCCUUCAUCGGUCAUACGCUAUCGGAGAGACUAUGUAAAACGAGAGGCCAGCCAGAGAAUCUUAUCCAGUGCCCAGCAGAAGCAAAUCUGAUAACGGAGAAACAUGCUGUUUCAGCCAAGUUACUUGCUAAACUGCCUCACCAAAAUCUGACUCUUAACCUAGCACUUGUCAACGAGAGCAUAGUGUCUGAAAUCCUGCAUGCAAUCCAUCUGAUUCAGAGAAGUGGAACGCGAACAAGCAGGUACGCAACUGAUUUCCUCGAAGGUCUCGUUGGCAUCUUAGUGAGAUUCACAACUACACUGUAUGAGCCUCAAAUGAUGUACCUAGCCAAAAACCAUGAUUUGACAUCAGUGUUUGCUGAUUUAUUGAUGAAAACAUCAAGCGAUGAAGUUCAAAGGUUAUCAGCGACUGGAUUAGAAAAUCUAUCAUCUACAACUAUGAAUUUAUCAAGGGCACCACAAGUUAGGAACACGAAGUUCAUGGGAUCAUUGAGUAUGCCUAGGUCCUUCUCACUACGUUCAUCUAAAAAGAAGCAAGUAGAGACAUGCGCAAUCCACAGAGGGGUAUGUUCUGCAAAAGCCACGUUUUGCUUGGUUGAAGCAAAUGCAGUCACGAAGCUGCUAGCAUGUUUGCAGAGUGAUAAAACGGAGGUAGUGGAGUCAGCACUAUCAGCUAUAUGCACGCUAUUGGAUGACAAAGUUGAUGUGGAGCAGAGUUUAAACAUGCUGAGUGGAAUGAAUGCAGUAGAACUCAUUAUAAAUGCGGUCAAAGAACACAAGAAAGAGUCUCUACUGCAAAAAGCGUUUUGGAUGAUUGACAAGUUCUUAAUUAGAGGUGGACAAAGGUAUGCAUUUGGCAUAUCACAAGAUAGGAUGCUGUCAGGUAUGUUGGUUAGCGCCUUUCAUCGUGGAGAUGGUAACACAAGGCAGAUGGCAGAAAAUAUCUUGAGGCGUUUGGACAAGAUGCCAAGUUUCUCUGUCUAUAUGACAGAAAGAGUGACAUCUGAAACCCCGUAGGGCCUGACUAUUAUGAUUUAUUCCUCUCUUUGUACUCAGUGUAUAUAUUUUUCAGUUUGAAAGUGAUUUUACGUUGUUGUCACACACCAAUAACGGAGAUUUUUAACUUGACAUCCUCGUGACAGCCAGAUUGUCAAUUUAUAUAUAUGCAU